AUGCCUCUCAUAAACAUAAAGCACAAAUGUCCAGAUGGAGAGAAGAGUCAAGCAACAACUAUAGAAUGUUCAAAACACAAACAUUUUAAAGCAUUUCUAUCAAAUGUAUACGAUGAUCCUGAGGAUCCAAAAUAUAGAGUAUGUAAACAUACGAGGAAUGGUGUAAGGAUCCUUCGCCUAACAUAUGAUAGAGAAGAUCUUAAAAAUGCAGAUGGUGGAUCUUUACUUACCUCAAUACAUACCGGGAUAGAAGAAGUAUCCGUAUACUAUAGUGCUGAAUAUGACAAGAAGAAUAAUGAUAUAGACAAACCUCUUUUACUUAAAAUCAAAGAUGAUAAGAAAGGAAUACACUGGUAUUCCAAUGCAGAUGCUAAUAAGAAAGAACACGAACAAUAUGAAGAAGGGGAGGAAGAGAAGAAGCCACCUGCAAACACUAGAUGGAAGUUAAUCCCAAGUGAAGAGUCAGCAUCUUACGGUGAAAAUGAUCCAACCGGGAAUCUUAAAGGGAAGCUCAAUGGUCUCACUUGCAAACUCCAUAGGCUUCAUUAUGUUGAUAUUUCUAGGAAGGAGAAAUCUGGUACUUAUUACCGUUGUCCAGUUUGCAAAAAGUACAAUGUCAAGGUUACUGUUACCACAAAUGGGAUUGGCGGGGGUGUUUCUGGAUAUACUAAAUACAAGCAUGAAUACGGUGCUGGUUUAGACUCCGUUAGAUAUGGUACUACUGUUCUUGAAUGGAAAGAUGAAGAAGAGGGUGAUGAGUAUAAUGACACAUUUCCGCUUGAUGGUGUAACCAGGAAUAUCUCUGUCUACUACUGGAAUGCAGAUGUCGAUCGCAAAAAGCCCCUCCUCAUGGAGGUAUAUAUUGGAGAAACGCCUGAAGGUCAUGAAAACACACCAGUCCCCCUUAUAAAUAUUGGAGAACAAAAUAACAAGAGAUGGACAAUGAUCUUUGAUAAUGGUGUGCCAAAAACUCUUUCUUCAGAUGAACUUCUACCAAAACUUCAAGAGCUCAAGUGCCAGCUUUUCAAACCAGUGAUCAUAGAUGUCUCAGUCUGUGAGGCUAGAGAAUAUGACAACUUAGAAUGUAAGAAGGAAGAAUGUCAUGGUAAGGUUAAAGUUACCAGUGUUCCUCUACCUGGGUUAACAGGUUAUACUGCUUGGAGGCACACCUAUGGGAAUAAUAAACCAGGAGAUACAUUUACCAUUACAAAAUUUACUGGGGAACCUUCAGAAGGUAACACUCCGGAAGAAUUCUUUCCAAUAUGGGAAGUUAAGGAAGUAAUCACUUAUUUUUCUAAGUGCGGUAAUACCAACACACUUUUCCUGAUCUAUAUUAGCACUAAGAACGGAGAUACUAAGAAGUGGUCUGAAGACCCCUGUCAGAGUGGUAAGUGGAAAAUUGAAACAAAACUAGAAGGUAAGGAUCUAAAGACAACUAAUAGUACUACUGAUAUUCUUAAAAGUGUUUUGGAGACUGCUAGAUUACAAUCAGAAUCACAGCAACAAUUACACACUGAACAUAAACCUGGAGUCGAAGAAACGGAGAAAGAUAAAAAAGAGUCUAGUUCUGGUAAAGAUGCUCAAUCUGGAGCUGAAGAAGAACCUGGUAGAAGUGGACUUGAUGACCUGAUGAAUUUCGGAAAAAUAGGAUAUGGCUUAGCUGGUCUGUUUGGAUCAGAACUAGCUCUUAGCCUGGUUGAUGAGAUGAAGCACCUGAAGUUAAAUCAUGUUCUUGAGUGGACUAAUAGUGCUAUUAAAUAUAUUACCACUACUGCUGACUUAUCUGACCAAGUUCCUGACACAGAGUCUGAGACAAAGAUUCUCCUACAAGGUACUCCUGUGGCUCAAAUGGCUGGUGAAAGACUGAAGCAUCUUAUUGUUACUCCUGGAUUUAUGGGUGGUUCUGGAUUAGGCCCUAGAGAAGAAGCUCAAGUUACUAUGUCUGAUACUGCUGUUAUUAUUCCUGGUCUUACUGCUCAAGAAGACCUUCCUAAAACCUCUUCUGGCUCUAACGAUCAUAAUCCCACUACUACUAACAUUAUUGUCUCUGUAACUACGGGCUUUCUUGGUACUUCUGCCUUGGCUUGUUUUGCAGGAUGGAAACUUUAUAAUCGCUAUAAGGGAGACCUUUGGAAACUCUUGUUAACCCUCUUGCAUCUUUUACUGCACUAA